CCACCUACGCUCCAGCUGCUGAUUGGCGUUACGCAGGUAUCCAGCUAUUAUUUAAUACUGCAAAGCGUGAGCGCCUCAUUCAUCUAGACUGGCUCCUACUGCAGGACAUAUCUGUUUCCUCUCCACUCUGCACCGGGGCGCACGCAGCUGACUCAAUUAUCUCUCGACAUAGAACAGGUGUUGCUGAGAAAAUGAGAAAGGGAUUCCUACUGGUGACUUUGUUCCUCGUUAUGAAACUUCGGUGCAGCCAGUCCAGAUGCGAGGAAACCGGAGCGCGCAGAUCAACCCUGGAUACUAUAACCUUGGAGGACCUAAAGCGGAACAUUCUGAAGAGAUAUUCCGACCUUGAUUAUGACAGCUUUGUGGGGCUGAUGGGCAAAAGAAAUGCUGAGGAAGAUUCUGUGCAGUCACAAAAAAGGGAGAUGGAUGACAUAUUUGUCGGUCUUAUGGGAAGAAGAAACUCCGAGCCUGACAAUGUUCCUUGGAGGAGAGAAUAUCCAGACAGGAGAGGCAUUUUUCUCAACAAGUCCAGGCUGAGGUUACUUCAGGGACUGUAGACAUGGUCAGUGAAAAUAUUUACUUGUCUACAGCGAGGACAAGGAGCAGGGACAGCACAAGCAACGAACGGUCUCGCAGAAACGACAGUCUUCACCUGCCAGCUGGCUAAUGAACGUCCCCAUAAACCAAGCAGAUUGUAACUGAAUUAUCAGAAAGACAAAGAUUAAUUCAAAGUGAUCAUUUCCAUUUCUUUCCUCUUUUUUUGUUUUGUUCAAAUCUCAAAAUAAAUGUAAUUUUUAUACAUAAUUUGCUCGUUUAAAUGUUGGUGCACUUUCCCAUAGCUGUUGAGUGAUUCUUCCAUCGUACUGUUAUGUUUUACACAUAAAAUUACUUGAUUUGUGGGA